CAAUCGAUUACAAUACACAUAAUUUAUGAUAUAUAUGAUGCAUUUUUCACAUCAUUAAUAAUUUUAGAAACACUUUUAUUUAAUUAAUUGUUAAACACCGGUUGUUAAAAACGUUUUAGCAAAAACAAGUGAUGAUGAAAUUUUUAGCAACUUUAUUAAAACUCAGAUGUUGAGUAAUUUCGAUAAACAUAUCCAAACAUAUGAUCAUUGUUUAUAUUUGUAAGCACAUCUCUAUAGUAUCUUAUUUUUGUAUUACGAAUGUAAACUAUUUUCCAAACAAAAUUUUUAAAUAAAGUUUAUUAAAUUUGAUCAAUGGAUACUGACUACAGUGUUUUGACCCUUAGCGAUGAAUCUUGUCGAACCUGUUUACAAAGCAUUGCUGACACAAACUCCCUCGACGACGAAGUAGAAUACGGCAAUGAUACUUUUGUUUUAAAUAGCUUAUUUAUUCAACUCCUACGUGCUACUAAUGUUCAAGCACCGGCGCUCAAUCAAUGUGGGGGUCAAACAUUACCAAAUCGCAUCUGUGCAGAUUGUACCCUUAAACUUCUAAGUGCUUACGAUUAUAUUUGUUUAGUGGAACGGUCAGAAACUUUGUUAAGACAAUAUCAAAAGUCGUAUCAUACAAAAUUAAAGACAGAUGUAGAAUCGUUUGUUAUUACUGAAUUAAAAAAUGACACAAAUAAUGAAGAUAGUCAAAAUGUCGAAGAAUUAGAGACAGAAUAUCUACUUGACGACUAUAAUAAUGAGGAAGAUGUUGCAGAUGUAGAUAAGGAAAGAAGCGAUGACGAGGUUUCUAUUCAAAGCAAAAGUGAAACUUAUAUGGACGAUGAGCUUCAAUUUGUAAAAUUUGAAGCUGUAAACAUCGAAGAAGUUACAGAACAAGUAGAACAGGUUAAUAACAAGAAGCAUAAAAGAACAACUGAAAAUGCUGACAUUGUUGGGAAAAAGCAAGCAAGAUUCGCUAUCGGCUCUCGCCUAGGGACAUUUGUCACAACCAAUUGGCGCAAGUGUCCUCAUUGUGAACGUGUUUUUGCCAGAAAUAUAACGUUGGAAAAACAUAUACAAACAGCACAUACAAAUGUGCCACCAGAAUGUAUUGCUGCUAUUGCGCCAAAACCUACUGAGGAUAAGCCAAUACAAUGUGACCAUUGCCCACGCACUUUCGCUAGACCCUUUGCCUUGGAGCGACAUCUAAGAGCCAUGCACCCGACGACUACGAUUGCCAAUAAUGCUGAAUCAAAUACAAAUCCCACUGACACUGCAAAAACGAAAAAAACUUACAAGCGUGGAAUAUGCCCCCACUGUGGUCGAAGCUUCGCUCAAGCAAGUUUAGUGAUACAUAUACGCCGACACACAGGUGAAAAGCCAUACCAAUGUGAUGAAUGUCAAAAGGGUUUUCCUCGACGUCAGGAUUUAGUGGUACAUAAGAGACAACAUACUGGGGAAAGGCCACAUGUAUGUACUAUUUGUGGAAAAUCGUUUACAAGACCAAAUAAAUUAUCGCGACAUAUGCGUAUACAUACUGGACUCCGACCGUACAAAUGUUCGGAAUGUCAUAAAUCAUUCACACAAUCGAAUGACUUGCGUAUUCAUAUGCGACGACAUACCGGAGAAAAACCUUAUAAGUGCAAUAUUUGCAAUGAGGCUUUUAUAAGUGGUACAGCGCUCAAAACUCACCGCAUAGCAAAUAAUCAUGCUGCACCACCUGAUGCCGAAAACGAUCCAUAUGCGAAAUGUCGAUUAAAUAAAGCAAUUAAACUUGAUACAUGCGAGUGAUUUUGAAAAGGAAAAUUAAUUAAAUAUUUAAUACCGCGAUUGCAGGUAAAGCAAUAAAAACAAAGUUCUGAAUUUAUUAUUGCUAACCAAGCUCUUAAGUGAUUAAUUUGAGAAGACGAUUUAAGAUUUGCGAUGUAACACUAGGAUAAGUAAGAUCUUGACAAGUUCCAAUGAUUUUG